AUGAAGUACAUCAUCGCGAUCGCCGUCCUGGCUCUGGCCGCUGUCUCCUACGGAUCAUACCUGCCAGCAGUGCAGUCGGUUCUACCAUACUCCUACAACUCAGGACUGUACGGCCUGAACGGUUAUGACGGUCUUGGUCAUUACUCUGGACUUACUGGACUGGGAUACUCUUCGGUGCUGGGUCAUGGACUGUCCUAUCCGUACUCGGCCGCUUUCCCGUACUCUGACUACAACAACGGUCUGUAUGGAGGAUACUACGGCGCAAAGGUCGCUCCUACUGUGGUCCAGGCCAACGUCAACACACUGAAGUCGGUUAGUCCUCUGGGUCUGUACGGAGGGUACUACGGCGCCAAGGUCGCUCCUACUGUGGUUCAGGCCAACGUCAACACUCUGGGUCUGUACGGAGGAUACGGUGUGGAACACGGAUAUGGUCUUGGUCAUGGAUACGGUUUUGGUCACGGAUACGGCUACGGAUACAACAACUACCUCCCAGUCCAGGCUCAUGCUGCGAAGGAAUGGAUUUGCUCAAUUGUCCAGGGAUUCAUCACGAUCGCCGUCCUGGCUCUAGCCGCUGUCUCCAAAGGAUCAUACCUGCCAGCAGUGCAGUCGGUUCUACCGUACUCCUACAACUCAGGACUGUACGGCCUGAACGGUUAUGACGGUCUUGGUCAUUACUCUGGACUUACUGGACUGGGAUACUCCUCGGAGCUGGGUCAUGGACUGUCCUACCCGUACUCGGCCGCUUUCCCGUACUUUGACUACAACAAUGGUCUAUAUGGAGGAUACUACGGCGCCAAGGUCGCUCCUACUGUGGUCCAGGCCAACGUCAACACACUGAAGUCGGUUAGUCCUCUGGGUCUGUACGGAGGAUACUACGGCGCCAAGGUCGCUCCUACUGUGGUUCAGGCCAACGUCAACACUCUGGGUCUGUAUGGAGGAUACGGUGUGGAGCACGGAUAUGGUGUCGGUCACGGAUACGGCUACGGAUACAACAACUACCUCCCAGUCCAGGCUCAUCCUGCGAAGUACGUUGCUGCCAACCCGGGAGCCGUCCAUGUGGCUCCUCUCCCAGGACAUCUGGUGAACCAGAAGUCGAUUGUUGCCAAUCCGGUCAGACCGUCCAUUAAUGAGAAAAUGUUAAAUUUACUUGGAAACGACCAUUUGUCGUGUUUAUUGAUAUCGAUAACCAGGGAAUGGAUUUGCUCAAUUGUCCAGGGAUUCAUCACGAUCGCCGUCCUGGCUCUAGCCGCUGUCUCCAAAGGAUCAUACCUGCCAGCAGUGCAGUCGGUUCUACCGUACUCCUACAACUCAGGACUGUACGGCCUGAACGGUUAUGACGGUCUUGGUCAUUACUCUGGACUUACUGGACUGGGAUACUCCUCGGAGCUGGGUCAUGGACUGUCCUACCCGUACUCGGCCGCUUUCCCGUACUUUGACUACAACAAUGGUCUAUAUGGAGGAUACUACGGCGCCAAGGUCGCUCCUACUGUGGUCCAGGCCAACGUCAACACACUGAAGUCGGUUAGUCCUCUGGGUCUGUACGGAGGAUACUACGGCGCCAAGGUCGCUCCUACUGUGGUUCAGGCCAACGUCAACACUCUGGGUCUGUAUGGAGGAUACGGUGUGGAGCACGGAUAUGGUGUCGUGAUUCUUUCACCAACGAAGAUUUAUAGAAAAUUAAAUAACUACAGGACUAUUGGUCCUCUGGGUCAUGGACUGUCCUACCCGUACUCGGCCGCUCUUCCAUACUCUGUCUACAACAACGGUCUGUAUGGAGGAUACUACGGCGCAAAGGUCGCUCCAACUGUGGUCCAGGCCAACGUCAACACACUGAAGUCGGUUAGUCCUCUGGGUCUGUACGGAGGAUACUACGGCGCAAAGGUCGCUCCUACUGUGGUUCAGGCCAACGUCAACUCUCUGGGUCUGUAUGGAGGAUAUGGUGUGGAGCACGGAUAUGGUGUCGGUCACGGAUACGGCUACGGAUACAACAACUACCUCCCAGUUCAGGCUCAUGCUGCGAAGUAUGUUGCUGCAAACCCAGGAGCCGUGCAUGUGGCUCCUCUCCCAGGACAUCUAGUUAACCAGAAGUCGAUUGUGGCGUAA